CGUUUAUAAAUAAUUAGGAAGCCAUUGCUGUGGGGAGAUCGUUCGCGUCCAUGAAAGGUUACCACCUUGAUGGGAACAAGGAAAUGGUUGCCAUGGGAGUGAUGAACCUAGUUGGAUCUGUAACAUCAUGCUACACUACGACCGGUUCGUUUUCAAGAACAGCGGUGAAUUACAGCGCAGGGUGUGAGACAGUGAUAUCUAACAUAGUUAUGUCAGUGACUGUGUUGAUAUGUCUGCUUCUCUUCACCAAGCUCUUGUAUUACACUCCGCUGGCUAUUCUUGCUUCGAUCAUUCUGUCGGCUCUGCCUGGACUCAUCGAUCUCAACGAAGGCUAUAACAUCUGGAAGGUCGAUAAGCUGGAUUUCGUGGUCUGCAUUGCUGCAUUCUUCGGUGUUCUCUUUGGUUCUGUCGAAAUCGGCCUACUAGUCGCGGUGGUAAUGUCAUUUGGGACAGUAAUAGUGAUAUCUAUCAAACCUAGUACAGAAGAAUUGGGUAGAGUUCCAGGGACAGACAUUUUCUGCAACAUAAUGCAAUAUCCCAUUGCCAACAAACUCUCCGGCCUCUUAAUCACUCGGAUUACUUCUGCAACGUUUUGCUUCGCCAAUGCCAGUUUCAUCCGACAAAGGAUUUUGAAGUCAGUAGACGAUGAAAAUAACAUCGAAGAAGUCGCCAAAGGACAGCUUUAUGUAUUGAUCCUCGACAUGACUAGUAAGAAAAUUAUGUUAUGAUUAAUCCACUAAUUAUGAUUAGAUUUCCAUUUUAGACAUGGUUUAUCACUUUUUUAUUGUAAUCUCAAUUUCUCAUUUGAAGCAAAAUAGACAUGCCAAAAAAGUUAUCCGACGAAUA